AUGGAUCCACUCAAUAAUUCUGAAGGUAAUGCCAAUUCUCAGGGCGAAUAUUCAAGCUCUGAUUCAGACUUGGUGCUGGAAAUAGACUAUAACCUGCCUUUCGUGGUAGGGGAAGAUACUUCCGUGGAGUACGAGGUCAAAUCAGCGAUUAACCAGUUCAGGCAAAUGCUGGGAAUGUACCUGUUUCGGGUGGUGAUGAUUUUAAUUCUUCUGACGCUGGUGCUCUUCUUCCAGGGCAUCCUGAUGUUUCUGAGCGACAAGCACUACAUGAAAACGCGUAGGAUCCCGCUGCCGGACAGAAUCCACGAGAUUGUGGAUCGGUUCAACCACCCGUUCAGUCCAGCUCUUUGCGACGCCACAAUGUUUAUAUUCGUGUUCGCAGGGAUCCUGAGAGUAGUCAUGUUCACUCCCCUGUUCUACACUCUUCAGAUGAUUCUGAGGUACGUGACUCUCUUCGGCUCCGGCUACUUCAUCAGGGGCUUCUUCGUCUACGUAACGACCAUGCCCUCGUGUUAUCGAAACUGCACUCCCGAUUUAACAAACAGGGGAUUCUUCCAGUUCUUCAUCAGGAUCCUUGCAGGCUACAUGGGCAUAGUGACCAACUGCACGGAUUUGAUCAUCUCCGGGCACACUAUGUUCACGGUGAUCACCUGCGUUCUGCUGUGCGAGAACCUGAGGUUCCUGGCAUCGAAGAUAGUUUGUUGCCUCUACACCGUCAUGGUCCUAUUUUUCAUCGUGGCCUGCAAGUACCACUACACCGUCGACGUGCUGUUCGGCCUGCUGCUCUCGGUACUGAUGUACUACUUCUACUACUCAAAGAUCGACGACUACGGAAUCAACUUGUACAACAAAAUCUACCACUCCAGAUCUAAAGCGGUGCAGGACUCACGAGUAACAAGCACGCACGACAGCUACUUGACUGCGUUGUUGGCCAGUUUCGAGAUGUUGGAGGAGCGCAUGGUAUUAGGGCAGAAGAUGAGGACCUUGUAUCUAUUAGUGAACAGCGAGAAGAACCUAAUCGACAAGAAUCUACUGAGAAAAUUUAAUCGUUACGUGCAUCUGUUUGGAGCAGACGAAUCGGAAGAUAUCACCACCUUAUACAGAGGAACCAAAAGAUUCAACUUCUACUACUGGAAGUCAUUGUAUAGAAUAAUAUUUAGGAGAAAAAAGAUAAUAACAAUCUAA